AUGGCAGACCAUACAACCUCUAAACUAAUUCCUGAGUCACAACUUAUUCUUGACCAACCAAUGCUCCGGCUGCCAUUUGAACAAAUUAGGAAGAAUUUCAAGGUUGCCCAUUUUCACGUUGAGAAAGAGAGCACUGCCGUAAAAAACAUGCUGAAAGAGACUACGCAUGCAUCUAUUUCCAAUGGAGUAUCACCAGAAGUUGUUCUCAAGAAUGUUGACUCUAUGAUUGCACGUAUUCAAGGUUUGAAGCGAAAAUUAGAAGCCUGUGCUGAUGAGGAGAAUAAGCUUCAUCAACAUUCGUUGAAUCGAAUCAGGCACUUAGGAGAGCUAUACAAUAUGCAAAGUCUAGAUGACGUCAAAUAUGAACAUUGGAGUAGGACCCGUCUGGAUAGGCUUGUCGUAGACUACUUACUAAGGAGAGGGUUUCAAAACAGUGCGGCGGCUCUCGCAGAAGAAAAGGGUAUUAAGGAUUUGGUGGAUGUAGAAACUUUCGUGCAAAUGAAUCGAAUACGAAGUAGUCUCUUGGGUGGAAGAGUUACAGAAGCUUUAGCAUGGUGCACGGAGAACAAAAAGGAGUUGAGAAGAAUGGAGAGUAACCUUGAAUUUAUGCUCCGUUAUCAGCAAUAUAUUGAACUUGUAAGAACACAAGAGCAAAUGAAGCUCCUUGAAUCAAUAACUCACGCAAAAAAAUACCUUCUUCCUUUUCACGAAACCUACCCUAAUGAGGUACAACAAGCAUGUGCACUACUCGCUUUCCCACCCGGAACAAGAGCUCCAGCUUAUGCUAAGUUAUACAGCCAGGAUCGUUGGGAAACCUUAGCCCAACUAUUUUCCCAAACCCAUAACACGCUUCUUUCCCUUCCUUCUUCGCCUCUUCUUCAAAUUGCACUUUCAGCUGGUCUUUCUGCCCUUAAAACACCAUCCUGUCACUCUCAAAACAAGCGCCCCACCAUCCAUUCUUGUCAUAUACAUGCCUCUUCUUUUACAACGCCGAUAUGUCCAAUUUGCAGUACAGAAUUGAAUUCUCUUGCUAAAGAUGUCCCAUACGCGCAUCAUACGAAAAGUCAUGUUGCGAGUGACUUGGUCAUGCUACCAAAUGGACGCGUAUAUCGUAAGCCCUGGCUGGAAGAAUUCAGCAUGAAGGCUGGUCUACAAGAGGACAAAGUAAAGGACGUGAUUGACAACAACAUUUACAGUAAGGAGGAUUUAAAGAAAUUAUUCAUCUCCUAG